UCCCAGAGCCGCAGGGCAGGCCUUCCUGGGUUCUGUCUCCGGCUUCUUCCCGGCCCCCAACAAGCGGCGCUGUCCCUGGCCAAGCGGCGGGAGCGAGGGUUCAGAGAUGGGCAGUGAGAAGGAGCAGAGUCAAGAGCCACCCCUGCCUGAGGAAAGGGACAGGGGUAAGCCUUGGAGAGUGGAUGGCUCAGAGGGUUCCCGGAUCCCAGCUGGGGAAAAGGAGGAUGGGCAGGAGAGCCCAUUGAAGGGGCCACAAGGAACAUGUCCAGAAAAGCCAUGGCUGAAAAUCAUUACCCCCGCAGGAGGGCCAGGGGACCCCACUGCUCAUCCAAAGCCCGAGACAGACCAGAAGCCCUUUGUAUGUGUCCAGUGUGGCAAAACCUUCAAUAAUACCUCCAGCCUGAGAACACACCAGCGAAUCCACACUGGGGAGAAGCCCUACAAGUGUUCCGAAUGUGGCAAGAGCUUCUCAAGAAGCUCCAAUCGCAUCCGGCAUGAGCGGAUCCACCUGGAAGAGAAGCACUACCAAUGUCCCAAGUGUCAGGAAAGCUUUCGGCGGCGCUCAGACCUUACCAUACACCAGCAAGAUCACCUGGGCAAGCGGCCAUACCGCUGUGACAUCUGUGGCAAGAGCUUCAGCCAGAGUGCCACACUGGCUGUGCAUCACCGAACCCACCUGGAGCCAGCACCUUACAUCUGCUGUGAGUGUGGGAAGAGCUUCAGCAACAGCUCUAGCUUUGGGGUGCACCACCGCACCCAUACGGGUGAGAGGCCUUAUGAGUGUGCUGAGUGUGGGCGGACCUUCAGCGAUAUCUCCAACUUUGGAGCACACCAAAGGACCCACAGAGGGGAGAAGCCCUACCGUUGCACCCUGUGCGGGAAACACUUCUCCCGUAGCUCGAAUCUCAUCCGACACCAGAAAACACACGUGAGCGAGCAGCCUGGGAGAGAGUCCGAAUGAAGGGGAGCCCCACUUACAGAGUAGGAAACAGAGUGAAAGAGUCACCCGUAGUAGAGGAACAAGGUCUUCAGGAUCUGCUGCUGUCACCUUGACCUUGGGCCCCUCAUCCCACUUUAGAGAAUGGUUUCCUAUUGUCUCUGAAAUCAGGAUCGCCAGCAAGUCUUUUUUUUUUUUUUUAUCGGUACCGGGGAUCGAACUCACAACCAAGUGCUUGCAAGGCAGGCCCUUAUACCGCUGAGCUAAAUCCCCAGCCCCGAGAAAGGACUCUUAAGUAAAAAACCCUUGCCUUCUCCCAGAAAGUUACUUGUUUUGGAAAGUCAGAGAAUCCUUAUAUCAUUAAGGCUGUAGUCCUGGUCUUUAAGGAAACACCUGUAAGAUGGUGUCACUGUUUGCAGGGCCUCCAUGUAGUCUGAACUGCUUAGGGCACACUGCAAAGGCCUGCUGGUUCAUGCCUGCAAUGCCCCAACCCAAGUGUGCUUCUAGAUGUCUAGGCUGAGAAGAGCGGCCCUCCUAAUGGGCGAUGCUGCCUAGUCUAAGAAGAGGUUUGAGGUCCUGCCUCAGGAGUGAAAGGAAACCCUCAGGGACCCAUGACCCAGCGACCUCGCACUCUCCUGUGUUGUUACCUGUCGUCCUUACCCAAACCUGCAUCUGUUUUCCUAGAGUGAUCAGCAGUAAAACCCUCCAAUGAAAAGGACCUGUGUAUUUAUUUGGGGAAACAGGGAACUGGGGAGUCAUUCUAGAAGGUCUAGAAGGAAGAUGAGUUCCCAAGACACUCAGGUGGUUGGCUGCUCUGAGUUUCUGAGGCCUUUGAGCAAAAAAGCUUCUGAGGCCUCAGAGGCUUUGAGCAAAAGGAGCAAAGGAAAGGACUGACAGCCACUGAGCAUCUAUGCUGUGGAUUCCGUGAUUCUCCUAGUUGCAUUUAUGUUCUCCAUCUUAUUGUUGUCAUAGCCGUUCCCAAGGGUCUAAGAGGAGGCAGUGGAUGUGAGGAAAGAUGAAGUCCCACAGCGGGGUGUAGUGGAGCAGUUUAAAGUUGGACCUCCCAGUGGAUGCUCUUGUCCCUGAAUUCACCUUGUUGGUCUGUGAAGAAGGAGCCACGUAGGGGGCCAGUCUGGAGGUGGGAGCCAGUGUGGUCUCUUGAUACAGCCCUGAACAUUCACUGUGGGUAGUCUGUACCAAGCAUGGGAGCCAUCUCAACUUUAUUGAGUACUUUUUCUGUGGCUAAGAAAAAUGACUGUGGCAGAGAGCAGGGGGUGAGAGAUAGGAUUGGAGAACUCUCAGGAGCCAUAAUGAGGGUUUGCCUUUCAUACCAAUAAUUUAGUCCCUAAGACUGGGACAGCGGGGGACCUAGAGAGCUGUAGCCAUUUCCUGUCCAGUCUUCGCGUGGAAGAUUUAAAAAAAAAAAAAAAUUAGCAUUAAAGUUUAGCAUUAACCCAACUUUGCUCUAAUAAAUACAAAACACCCUUUCUUACCUUUCUCAUUAGUCUAGGGUAGUGAUGGCAACCUUUUAAUGAUAAACAGCCUGCUGUAACACAUAUGCUGUCGCUACCACUGGUCUGGGGGCUUGGCUUUCAUAAUGUGGGGCCCUCUUCAUUUGAAACCAAUUCAUAGAAUAUGAACUAAUCAUGCCCACAACCUGACCUGUUAGAUGGGUGUCCAGCCACUUAUUCAGGAAGGGAGGUACCAAGAGCUUUCACUCGUAUCGCAUUGAAUUUUAACGACUACCUGAAAAGAACUGUCUGUACUUGACAUUUGUGGAAAGAAGCUGAAAGGAAGUGACUUGCUCAUGAAAACAGAGCAAGUAAGUGACAGGGCCUGAAACUGAACCCACUUCUACCCAAAGGUCAUUUGUGUUUUUUUUUUUUAACUGCAAGACUCCUUCCCAAGUGAUUGUCUUACAUUUGUAGGGCACUUUAUAGUUUACAAAGCACUUUUAUUUUAUACACAUUUUCUUGUUCCUUGAAAUUUUCCACAUAAUAUUUUAAAUGUAAUAACCUAACCGAAAACAUGUUAAUUGACACACAUUCCAAUAAUAAAGGCCACAUUUCUCAAA